CAAAAUUCUGAAAAAUAACACGGAUUUAAUUUGUUCAUCAUACUACUUGUGUAAAGAAAAAUUUUGACUAGUAAAGAGAAGAAACAAUUUUUUGUCAUUGCCGAUUAAGAAAAGCCGAGAGUCAAGAAGAUGAGUGGCAUACACACGAACGCUUUGCAAAAAUAAAGAAUCAAUUUUUAAUACUGAUUCUACUGUGCCGCAAUGACUUUUUUAAAAAACAGGUAUAGUAAGUGGAAGAUAUUGUAUUCAUUAUAACGUUAUAUAAUGAAUUUAUCUAAUAAUAAAGAGAAGGAAAGAGGUUUUGCUCCACAAGAUGAAGAAGUGUUUGAAAAGACUUAUAGUUCAAAAGAAAAUCUUUUCCAAAAAAGACGCGAAAAAGCUAUAUUAGCUUUAAGCCGUGCGAAAGCCAAGAGUAAUGGCUCAAUUGAAUGCCAAAUUGGUUGUGCCGAAGCAUUAGAUAAUUCGAAAGUAGAUCCAUUAGAUCAAUUUAUGGAAAAAAUUGAAAAUGAGCUGAAAGAAGAUGCCAGUAAAAAAAAAGAGACUUCUUUUUCUCAAAUGAUAAGUACAGAAGAACGGUUUGAAAACGACGAAGACACUUUAGCUGAUAUUACGGAAUUAAUGGAAAAGAAGAUAGAAAAUCAGCGCGAUUUUAUAGAUUCCGAUGAUGAAUUAGAGAUUGACGAAAAUGGAAAUUUAAAGCCAAAAAAGUUACAAAGAAAAUUAAUACCUCUUGUAGAUCACUCAAUGAGAGAUUAUAAACCGUUUCAACGUGUAGGCGUCCUUUUUUUAAUGUCAUUAAAGGAUUUCUCUGAACUAUUCUACCGUCUUCAUAAGUCUUUUUUAAAUGUGCAAUGAUUUUAUAGAAUAUU